AUGAAACUACUCAUUUUGGUUCUGAUAAUUCAAACACUAUCGCUAACGGCGGCUUUUUCACAUUCCGGUGGUUAUGGACCUGCUAAGGUUACAUGUCCAAAGAAGAGUACCGCUGGUGAUUCAGGACUGGUUAGACGUUCAAGAGGUCUAUGUGAAGAUGAAUCCAACUGGUUGAAGAAAAGACAUGAACAUACUGAUGAAGCUUUGAAAGAAUUUUUAAAAAGAGCCGCUUUAGAAGAUUUUGAUGUUGAACAAUUUUUCAAUAAUAAUAAUCAGUCAAUCAACAUUGGUUUAGCAUUUUCAGGUGGUGGUUACAGAGCUAUGCUCUGUGGUGCUGGUCAAAUCAGUGCUUUGGAUGAUAGAACCGAUGGUUCUAAAGAAACUGGUCUUGGUGGGUUAUUACAAGCCUCUACUUACUUAGCAGGUCUUUCUGGUGGUAAUUGGAUGACUGGAACUUUGGCUUUAAACAACUGGACUAGCGUUCAAGAGAUUAUUAGAGGUCAUUCUAUCUGGGACUUAGAACAUUCAAUUAUUGCACCAGGUGGUAUCAACAUUUUCCAAACUAUUAUUCAAUGGGGUGAAAUCGGUCAUUCUAUCCAAGAAAAAAAAAAUGCUGGUUUCGAUACUACAAUCACUGAUAUCUGGGGAAGAGCUCUGUCUUAUCAGUUUUUUGGCACUCAUGAUAGUGGUUCAGCUGGUCUGACUUUUUCAACUUUAAGAGAUGUUGAUGUUUUUCAAAAUGGUGAAAUGCCAUUACCAAUUAGUGUUGCAGUUGGUAGAACUCCAACUUCCAAGAUUAUUAACUUGAACUCAACUGUUUUCGAGUUCACUCCAUUCGAAUUAGGUUCAUGGGAUCCUUCGCUAUAUGCGUUCACUGACUUAAAAUACAUUGGAUCUGAUGUAUCAAAUGGUGUCCCAGAAAGUGAAUCUUGCGUUGCGGGUUUUGAUAAUGCAGGUUUUGUCCUGGGCACUUCAUCUUCAUUGUUCAAUCAAUUCAUUCUGCAACUAAAUACCACUGGACUCACUGGUAUCAUCUAUGAUUUAGUUGAAGAUUUCCUACAAAAACUCAGUGAUGACAAUGAGGAUAUUGCUAUUUAUGGUCCAAAUCCAUUCUACCACACACCUUAUGCUGCUGUUAAAACAAUUGUUGAAGAUGAAAACCUAUAUUUGUGUGAUGGUGGUGAAGAUGGACAAACUAUUCCAUUUGCUCCACUGGUUCAACCAGAACGUGACGUUGAUAUUAUUUUUGCGUUUGAUAACAAUGGGGACAGUGAUGAUGGUUAUCCAGAUGGGACACCUUUAAUUGCUACUUAUCAACGUCAGUUUUCUGUACAAGGUAAUGGAACUGCUUUCCCAUAUGUUCCAGAUCAAAAAACUUUCCUUGCUCAUAAUUUAACUACACAACCAACAUUUUUUGGCUGUGAUUCUUCAAACUUGACAGAUUUGACAUACGUUCCACCAUUAGUUGUUUAUAUUGCGAAUGAGCCUUAUUCUUUCUCAUCAAACACUUCAACUUUCAAACUUGAAUACGAUGAAGAGGAAAAACUAGGUAUGAUUCAAAACGGUUAUGAAGUUGCUUCAAGAUGUAAUAUGACCAUUGAUGAAGACUGGAACAAAUGUGUUGCUUGUGCCAUCAUCCGCCGUACCCAAGAACGUAACAAUGAGGAACAAUCUGCUGAGUGUGCUAAAUGUUUUGAAGAGUACUGUUGGGAUGGUAAACUAGCCUCCGAAGAUGUUGAUCUCAGGUCAUGA